GCUACAUUUACAUUAUGAUAUGAGAUCUAGCAGCUGCCCGUAUUGGAUGCUGCUGAGUGAGGAAGCUGGUUACAAGCGAGUCCCCGGCUUGCGAGCGCAGAAAAUAAGGGAUAAUCCAUAAAUCCAUCCUGCAAUUGUAUCUGAAAUGGAAUUGUUUUGGAAUGAUGGCGGGAAGAUUGAGCGGCACUCUGAAUACUGAAUCUGUGGAGAUCGCCUGCUUUCUAUCUGAUCUGGUAUUGUACUUUACACACCAAAUGCCACAGAUUUAUGCAAUUUAGCUACCAGAAUGUCAUUGUCUGGUAACACCCAAGUGACUCAGGACUCAAAAUGUCAUCUGCCUCCGGAAAAACUAAAGGGGAAAGGACAAUUUUUUAAAGGACCACUGAUACAACAUCGGGCUGAAAAGAUAAUUAUCACUCGAAGUGACAGUGUACCAGAUGAAAACGUGCUGCAAAUUACCAUCACUGAGACAACAGUUAUUGAGUCAGAUCUUGGAGUCUUCAAUACUCGAGCUCUUAUCUACCUCAGCUUAUGGUUUUUCUUCAGCUUUUGUACGCUUUUCCUUAAUAAAUACAUCCUUACUUUACUAGAAGGAGAGCCAAGUAUGCUGGGUGCCAUCCAAAUGUUGUCAACCACUUUCAUUGGCUGCAUCAAAAUGUUUGUUCCCUGCUGCCUGUACAAGCAUAAAACACGUCUUUCUUACCCUCAAAACUUCAUCAUGAUUAUGCUUUUCGUGGGGGUCAUGAGGUUUGUCACUGUAGUCCUAGGUCUUGUGAGCUUAAAGAAUGUUGCCGUUUCUUUUGCCGAAACUGUUAAAAGCUCAGCUCCGAUAUUUACGGUCAUAAUGUCCAGACUUAUAUUGGGGGAGUACACUGGAAUGAUGGUGAACAUGUCUCUCUUACCUGUCAUGGCUGGAUUAGCUCUCUGCACAGCAACUGAAAUCAGUUUCAACAUACUGGGCUUCUCUGCUGCGCUAUCUACAAAUAUCAUGGACUGGAAGCAGCAGGCAUUGGCUCCGGUUCUUUCCUCUCCGGAUUGUUGUCGAGUCUUCUCGAAGUACACUGUUGGCCGACCACCUGAACUACAGUUUUAUACAAGUGCUGCAGCUGUGAUCAUGCUUAUCCCUGCAUGGAUAUUUCUUUUGGUAGGUAAUGAGAAUGACCUUGCUUACCAUUAUUUACAAACAUGCGUAAAGGCCAUACCUGUUGAUAUGGAGCAGCAGUGCAUGCUGGAAGCUAGUUGGUGGCUGCACAGAUAUGCAGGAGUGCAUUCACUGCUUUUUUUUUUUUUUUUUUUUUUUAAAUAUAUUUAUGAAAUGCCAUUAAUUGGGAAAACUGGGAGACAAUUUAGCUACAAUUGGGAUAUCAUUGUGCUGCUCCUUAUGGAUGGUGUGUUGUUCCACCUACAAAGCGUCACAGCAUAUGCAUUGAUGGGGAAGAUAUCUCCAGUAACAUUCAGUGUUGCCAGCACAGUGAAGCAUGCACUUUCCAUAUGGCUAAGUAUUAUUAUUUUCGGUAAUAAAAUUACCAGCAUUUCUGCUAUUGGGACCAUUCUAGUUAUUAUUGGCGUUAUGCUUUAUAAUAAGGCUAGACGGCACCAGCGAGAAACUUUCCGUAUGCUAGAUACCCAUACAAACACUGAGGAAUCGCAAUCUUUUAACGGACAAGACCAGAAAUCUCAUGAAAAAUAGUUCUUUGUAUCUUAACCGGAAACUGUCAUUCUUGGGGAAUCAUGUUGCACUGCUUCACAUCAUGAGGAGCAUUAAUAACGAAGGUGCCUACCUAUGAGAAAACCACUUGCCUACAUGCCAGUUUGUUUUUUAUCGCCACAAAUAUGGUUACAUGGGUUUGAUACUUGUUUUCUUUGCACUCUGAUAUGGAUGCUAAAAAUCCUGUUGGAUCAGAAGCACAAAGUAUGUGUCUCUGAGCAGUUCUCUUUUUUUAAGUCUUGCUGGAUAACGCAAGUAUCUAUCUUACAAAAUUACCAGUAAGGAUGUGUUAACCUAUUAUUAAUUCCUCUUCUCUGUCUCCCGGGAAAAGAAAGUCAGAAGAAUAUAGAUGUGAUUAUUAGAAUUUACAUGUGUGCAGGGGUAUACUACUACUACUAUUUAAUAAGUGAAAAGUAACCAUUAAACUUGAUAAUGUUUAUUAAUCAAAGUAAAUUGUGAAUAAUAUGCAA